CAUGUAUACACUCCUAUUCCGUGGAGUCUUGCAACUUCAAGCAGCGCCGGCAAGCUUGCAACGUACACGCUAGAGGUGUCUGUUCUGGCAGGUAAGACCGCUCACCUGCCUCAGUCCUCAGUCUUUCGUGAGUUCCGAGCGGCCAAGCAAGAGAAACACCACUUUCACCGACCACAUCCGCACCAUGUCCUGUGUUGACGUACUCUCCGACGACGAGGAUGAGAUGCUAUGCCCAGCUGCAGAGGAGUCAGCGGCCGCAGACGGGCAGCCCUGCGAGCCGGCUGAGGCUGAGGAAGAGGCUGCUCCGCCACUACGUAGCGUUGUCGUGGGGAGCGUUGACCUGGCCUCCGACUCGGAGGACGAGGCGCUUUGCCCAAAGGCACCAACCCUGCCGGUUGCAGAGCCUGCAGAGCCUCCAGGAGAGCCAACAGGAAAGGUGGCAUCGGCCGAGGAGGACGAUGAUGAAGACAACCUUGCAAUGCUGGCUCCUCCGCAGGAGAAGCCAAAGCCGGCCAAGGCAGCCUUGCCAAAGCCACCUGCUAAGAAAGCCAAGGCAGAAGCAAAGGCCACUCCCAAAGCGGAAGCAAAGGCUACUCCCAAGUCAGUAGCAAAAGCUGCCUCAAAAGCGGAUGCCAAAGCAGCGCCCAAGGCACCGGCAGAUGCCACAGCGGCGCCCAAGGCACCGGCAGAUGCCAAAGCGGCGCCCAAGGCAACAGCGGUGCCGAAGGCAACGGCAGAUAAGAAGCUUUCCAAGGAGGAGAUGGAGGCGAAAGUGCUAGAGUACAUGAGGCAGCAGAACCGGCCCUACAACACCCAGAACGUCUUCGACAAUCUCCACGGCCAGGUGCCGAAGGCCGCUGUGCAGACCCUCAUGGACACCUUGGCAGCAAACGGGAAACUGCUGCUGAAGGAGUACGGCAAGGUCAAGGUCUACUUGGUGACACAGGAAGCGACACAGGGGGGCGACGCAGAGUUGCUGCAGAAAGAGGUAGACGAGGCAUCCAAGAAGCGGACAGAGGUGAAAGGCACCGUCGAGGACUCACGGAAGCGCCUAGCUCAAGUUGAGGGCAAGCAUGCGGCUGCAAAGGAGGAUACGUCUUCCCCCUCCUCCAAGUCUAUGCAGAUGGACUAUGUAUGCAGUGUUAUGCCGAUCACGAAACACCCACCGCACCCUUCUGCCUCUGAACGUCUGGUAGACCAAAUAGCGAAGGCGCGGAAGACCACCGCGGAGCUUCGCGACUUGGAGCAACGCGCCGAGGAGCUGCGGGGAAAAGGUGACCAGCGCGUGGACGAGCGUGAGGUGCUGGCGGUGGAAGGGAAUUUCCAGACUGUGCACCGAGCCUGGAAGAAGCGGAAGCGCCUCUGCAUGGAGGCACUGCAUACGCUUGGCGAGGGCAUGUGCAUCCGCACGGAGCUGGGCCAGCUGGAGGAGUCGGCCCCCUCGGCGGCUGAAGUCCUGAGUGAGGCGCUGGCGAGGACCGACCUGGAUGCUGGCAUCCGAUGGGGAGCUGCAGAGUCCAUUGCCCACCUGGGACAGGCCGCCGGCAACAAGGCUGCUUUUGCGCUUGCCAAGGCACUGCUGCAGCGGAAGCCGGGGCAAGUGGCCAGCGACACCUUCGUUCGCACGGGCCUGGCCCAGUGCCUGGGUGCGAUGGGCGCGGCGGCCCGGGGCUCCGGGGCCGUGGCCUUGGCCAAGGCGCUGCAGGACGACCGGGACGCCAAGGUCCGGAGGAGAACCGCUGUGGCCCUAGGCCAGCUGGGCUCCUUCGCCGGCUGGGCGCCCAGAAAUUGGCGCCCGGGAAACCAUGGUGCGUCUGCAUUGGCGAGAGCCCUGCAAAUCGACAAGGAUCUUCAGGUGAGAUGCCGCUGCGCUGAGGCUCUCGGCUGUGUGAACGCUGGAGAGGAGGGUGCCAAGUCGCUGAUCAAGGCCCUGGCAGAGGAUAGUGACACAGACGUGCGGUGGCGAGCCGCCAUGUCUUUGGGCAAACUGGGGCCCGUUGCGGACAAGGGUGGUGCUGAGGCUCUGCUGAAGGCACAGUCGCACCACGUACUUGCCAUCCGUGACCACGCCCUGGCUGCAGCGCAAAGGGCCGUGGAGCGGUGCCUAGAGACCCUGGAUGAGAGCGUGCACCCAUACACGCGAGGGCAG